UCUCAACCAUGCUCCACUUCUGCCAUUUUCCCCUCUUCCCCAUUUACAUCAAAACAGAGGGAGCAGAGGAGAGAGAGAGAGAGCCAGAUGGAGUUAGAAAGGAGGGCGGAAGAAUCUUCUCCCUCUCAUCAAAAAUAGCCAAAGAAAUCGUAAGAGAGAGCUGCAGCAGUAGAAUCUAGUCUUCGUCCUCGUCAUGCUUAAACCUGGAUGAAGAAAUCCUUUUCUUUCUCCAAUGGCACUGGACCCUGUUUUCUCUGAGGUCCUCCCAUGGCUCAAGACCCUCCCCCUAGCUCCGGAGUACCACCCAACCCUAGUAGAGUUCCAAGACCCAAUCGCUUACAUCCUGAAGAUCGAACAGGAGGCCUCCCGCUACGGCAUCUGCAAGAUCGUUCCCCCUGUCCCCGCCGUCCCCAAGGCCAUCGCUGUCACCAACCUGAACCUCUCCUUUUCGGCUCGCUCACCCUCUGGCGAUCCCACAUUCACCACGCGCCAACAGCAGAUCGGCUUCUGCCCGCGGCGCCCACGCCCUGUCCAGAAAUCAGUUUGGCAGGAGGCUAAAGCACGUAGCUUCGAGCGUGCCCACCUUCGAAAGUGCCGCAAGAAGAACAAGUCUUCUUCCUCGCUUUCUCCCAUUGAGGUUGAAUCCCUCUUCUGGAAGACGGCAGCCGACAAGCCCUCCUCAGUAGAAUACGCGAAUGACAUACCGGGCUCCGGAUUUUCGAAGCUGAGGGAGGAGGAGAUCGAUAUGACGGCUGCUGAGAAUGUGGGAGAGACGGCGUGGAAUAUGAGGGGAGUGGCAAGGGCGAAGGGGUCGCUGCUGAGGUUUAUGAAAGAGGAGAUCCCAGGUGUGACAUCGCCCAUGGUGUAUGUGGCCAUGCUUUUUAGCUGGUUUGCCUGGCACGUUGAGGAUCACGACCUGCAUAGCUUGAAUUUUUUGCAUAUGGGUGCGGGUAAGACUUGGUAUGGAGUGCCGAGGGAUGCGGCCCUGGCAUUUGAGGAGGUCGUCAGGGUACAUGGCUAUGGUGGGGAGGUGAACCCUUUGAUAACAUUUGCUACCUUAGCAGAGAAGACAACCCUUAUGUCUCCUGAAGUGCUUAUUGGUUCGGGAAUUCCUUGUUGCAGGUUGGUGCAGAAUGCUGGAGAAUUUGUUGUUACUUUUCCAGGAUCUUACCACUCAGGUUUCAGCCAUGGAUUUAACUGCGGAGAAGCAUCAAAUAUUGCAACUCCCGAAUGGCUAAAAGUAGCCAAAGAAGCAGCAAUUAGGAGGGCAUCAACAAACUGUCCUCCUAUGGUUUCUCACUAUCAGCUGCUUUAUGCUCUUGCUUUGUCCCUGCAUACAAGGAACCCUUCUAGAAUUCUUUCCAUGCCAAAGAGCUCGAGGUUAAAGAAUAAACUGAGAUGUGUAGGAGAAACAAUGAUAAAAAAAACAUUUGUUCAAAAUGUAAUACGGAACAAUAGUCUACUGAAUAUUCUACUUGAUGAUGGAUCUUCGUGUUUGAUUCUUCCUCGAAGAACAUUUGAUAAACCAUUAUGCUCUGGUUUACAUCGUAAAUUACAAAUGAAGGUAAAACCAAGAAAAGCACUUGAUUUAUGCCAUGGUGAAGAUAAAAUGGAAGAAAUUUCUAUUUCCGAUUUUUCUAUUGGAAGCAGGAGAACCUGGGAUAGUUGUUCCAAGGGCUUUUGUCAAGCUGAAGAAAAUUCAGAAUAUGUAUACCAUAGAAAAAAUCUUUCAACAAAUAAAAUUAGUUGCUUAGGAUCUUCUGGUUCUCACAAUUUGUAUUCAGAGACGCAGAAUAUGGAGGGUCAAAAUAAUGAACAUCGAACUGAUGGAGUUUUAGAUCAGGGACUAUUAUCGUGUGUCACUUGUGGGAUAUUAAGCUAUUCUUGUGUGGCCGUUAUACAACCAAGUGAAGCAGCGGCUGAAUGCCUUAUUUCUUGUGACUACAACUCUUAUGCUGAUCAUAUUACUGGCUUCGAAGAAAACUGUGGCUUGAAUGAUGAAGCUGCUAUGAAUAUACACAAUUCUGAUGUUGACAUUAAUCCUGGACAAAUAGAGAAGAUUAAUUCUUCAGUCCAAGUUCCUUUCAGUAAUGAUGGUUUACUUUCUAAUGCCAAGGUUGAGAGAGAAACUUCAGCUCUUGACCUUUUGGCGUCUGCAUAUGGUGACUUGUCAGAUUCUGAAGAGUACGCAUUUCAUGAUGUUUCUUUUUGUGCUGAUGGUAACAACUUGACUCAUUCAUCUCUAAGGUGUAUCUUGGACCAGCAGUCAGUGAGCCCGAAUAUUUCUGAAACUCUUUCUCAUGAAGGGUUUCCAUCAAAUGAAGGUGAAGCGUUUUCUAAUGCAAACUACCAGGAUAGAACCCCUGGGAUAUGUAGCACCCUUUAUAAAUUUAUUCAUUGUAGUAAAAAGGUUGCUAAUAGCUCUCUUGUUAGCAAGCUUUGUCAGUUACAUGGAAAUGACGGUUAUGAGUGUUCAUGUGAAGAUAAAAUGACACAACUCUCUGGGAAUCAGCAAGACACUAUAGGAAAACCAACUAGAUUAGUGGAUCAUACCAAGAUGACAACACAUUCAUUCAGUGAAACUUUAUGUGAUCAACAGUCCCCAGAUGCUUCGAUAAAUAGCUUUCAUCAAACUGUUCCAACAAAAGUAAAUUUAAAUGAUAUGAUGACAAAAAAUAUCAAGUCUGAUUCGAGUGUAUUUGAUCAACCUGGUUCUUCUUAUGGUUCUAAAAUGGCAACUGGAAAUACAUUUACAACUUUUGGUCAUCUGGAUGACUCCAUAAACAACUCAAAAAUGACUGUCGUGCAGCCAUCAGACAAAGACUCUUACAGAAUGCAUGUCUUCUGUCUUGAACAUGCUGUGGACGUAGAAAAGAGGCUUCGAGCAUUAGGUGGGGUAAAUUUGAUGCUUCUUUGCCAUCCAGAAUAUCCAAAAAUUGAAUCUGAAGCAAAACUCUUGGCUGAAGAGUUGGGGCUCCAUUAUCAAUGGAAAGAUGUCAAGUACAAGGAUGCCUCCCAGCAAGACCAAGAGAAAAUUAGAAUAGCUAUAGAAGAUAAGGAUGUUAUUCCAUGUAAUGGGGAUUGGGCCGUGAAACUAGGCAUUAAUCUCUAUUACAGCGUCAGCCUCAGCCAAUCUCCAUUGUUCAGAAAACAGCUGCCAUAUAAUGAGGUGAUAUACAAGUCAUUUUCCCAAAAAUCACCAACAGAAUUAAACAGCUCUGGAACGAUAGCUCGAAGGCAGAAAAAAAUAAUCUUUGCUGGAAGGUGGUGUGGAAAGGUGUGGAUGUCAAACCAAGUGCAUCCAUAUUUAGCUGAACAGAACUUGCCCGAUGAUGAUGACAACAUAUAUCUGAGUUUGGAGACUGAUAGCUAUAGAGAGAGUGGGAACCAAGAAAUUCUAUAUAAAAGGAAAUCAUCAAUCAAAAAGGCUGCAGAUAGGAGGAAAUCUGAUAAAAAGAAGGCAAAAUCAGAGUACAUAGAAAGCGCAAGGAAUGCUGCUCGUGCUGUGCUUGACAAAUUCGACGAUGCUAGAUAUGAGGAGAAUCCCGGGCUCACUGGAAAACCCGACAGUGACACAGAUAUAGUUGCAUGUGAAGCAAAUACAGACAUAGAUGAUCAUAAACAAGCAAUUCUACCUAGACGGAACUCAAAAAAUGGCAAUUCUCUAAGCAGAAGGAAAUUUGAUAAAAUGAAGAAAGCAACUGUCAGAUCAAGUACCAGGAAGCCUGUGCAUACCGGACUCAACUCCAGUGAUGAUUUAUCUGGGGAUGACAAUUCUGGAAAUGCAGAUGGUGACCAAGAUUCAGAUAGGUCUGAAGCUGGUGCAUAUAUGGUGGAUGAUAAACUUGCAAUUCUUUCAAGAAGGAACUCAAAAAUAGACGAUGCUUCAGCCAGAAGAAAAGCUCAUCAGAAGGGGAAAAAAUCGGCUGUCAUAUCAAACACUCUGAAACAUGCACACACUAUUCCUGACAAUUGCCGCAAUCAUAGAUGUGCAAAGGAGAAUUCUCAAUAUUCUAAAAAUUCAGAUGGUGACCAAGAUACAGAUAGGUCUCAUGCUGAUGCUGAUAUAGAGAGUGAUAGACAAACAAUUAUACAACAAAGGAACCUGAAAAUUAACAAUGCUGCGGCCAGAAGGAGAUCUGAUAAGAAGAGGAAGAGUAUAGCUGUCAGAUCAAACACUAGAAAACCAGUACGUACCCAGCUUGUAGACUCCGGUGAUGCUGGGUGUGCAGAGAGUAUUGGAAAUACUGAUGAUGAACAAGACAGAAAUCUGAGUUCUGAAGCUGACACUGAUUCAGAGAACAAAAAGAAAGCAAGUCUACUCAGAAGGAACUUGCCAAAUAAUAAUGCUGCUGCUAUGAAGAAAUCUGGCAGGAAGAGGAAAAGAUCGAAGGCUAGUUGCAUUAGGAAAGCUGCACAUACUAGGCCUGACAGCUCUGCAGCAUUUGGUUAUGCAGAGGAUGAUAUCUCCAUCAAAUGUGGCAGGAGUCUUAAGUGUCUUAGAUCACAUUCAAAAGGAACCAGCGGAGAACCGCCUAGCUUGCAGCCUUGCAAGGGGCGGUUCAAUUAUUGUGAGGCAACUGUGGUAGUUGCGCCUGAGAAGCAAAACAACAAAAGGAAGAUUAAGAAGGCCCAUAAUUCUGUUGUUUGUGACAAAGAAAAUUUCUCAUGUGAUGUUGAGGGCUGCAGCAUGAGUUUCAGGACAAAGCAUGACCUGACUUUGCACAAGCGGAAUGUCUGCCCAGAGAAAGGCUGUGGGAAGAAGUUCUUCUCACACAAGUAUUUGUUGCAGCAUCGAAAGGUGCAUUCCGAUGACCGGCCCCUAAAGUGCCCAUGGAAAGGCUGCAAGAUGACAUUUAAAUGGGCAUGGGCUCGUACAGAGCACAUAAGAGUGCACACUGGUGAACGGCCGUACUCAUGCAGGGAGCCUGGAUGUGAGUUGACAUUUCGCUUCGUCUCAGACUUCAGCCGGCAUAGGAGAAAGACAGGCCACUAAUUGGCGGUGAAGGAUAAGGUAUGAGAACUAACUGCUGUUUUGGUUUAGUUGCUGAAAGCUUUGGUGCCUCCAUAUUAGGUUCCUCUAAUUGCAAGGGGGAAGUUGGGUAUAGGGUAGAAUGAUUUCAACUUUUGUUCUUCUGCAUCUGAUUCAAGUUGCAGUAUUGUUUGACUGCUACGGCUCACAUUUGGCCAUUCAUUCUAACUUAAUUUAGCAUCCAUUUGUAUCGUAUGGAAUAGAAUUAUUUCAAAGCGUUGGAAC